AACAGUGAAAACCUCCCGUAGAUGUUCAGGCGCAGAUGUCAUGUGAAAAGCCGCAUGCUCGCUGAGCGGACGACACUCAAACCGUCUGACCACCUCUCCACACUCCACCGCCGGUCUCUCUGCUCCGCUCUGCCCAGCGCGUCAACAAGCACGAGCCUGUUCUGUUCUGGAAUGCUUUUGCGCAGAAACAACACUCCCCGAAUGAACGUGGACGACGGCAAACAUUAACGUUGUUUUGUUUUUGCCCGGGGAUUUUGCUUUUUAAAAGUAUUUAUGUUUGUUUCUUCAUGACUGCUGCAUUCGGAAGAGAGUCGCACAAACACCACCAUGCGAGCCCAAAUCGAAGUUAUACCAUGCAAAAUUUGCGGAGACAAGUCAUCAGGAAUCCACUAUGGAGUCAUCACAUGUGAGGGCUGCAAAGGGUUCUUCAGACGUAGUCAGCAGAACAACGCCGCAUACUCCUGCCCUCGCCAGAGGAACUGUCUGAUCGACAGGACCAACCGAAACCGCUGCCAACACUGCCGCUUACAGAAGUGUCUCGCACUCGGAAUGUCCAGAGAUGCGGUGAAGUUUGGCCGCAUGUCAAAGAAGCAGCGAGACAGCCUGUACGCCGAGGUGCAGAAGCACCAGCAGCGGAUCCUGAAUGAGCGGCAGCAGCAGACUGGAGAGGCCGAGGCCCUGGCGCGUGUCUACUCCUCCAGCCUGACCAACGGCCUUAACACCCUCAACCACGAGAUCGGAGGCACCUACGCUAACGGCCACGUUAUCGAGCUUCCCAAGGGCCAGGUGAAUGGUGGUGCCCCCGGCGGCUACUACCAUGGUAUGGACUCCACCCAGCCCUCCCCGGAUCAGUCAGGCCUGGACAUGGCGGGCAUGAAGCACAUAAAACAGGAGCCUGUCUACGACCUGACCCCUGUGACCAACCUGUUCAACUACAGCUCCUACCAGGACAGUCAGCUGGCGCCAAGCAAUGUCAGCAUGGGAGAGCUAGAUCGUAUCGCCCAGAACAUUAUAAAGUCUCACCUGGAGACCUGUCAAUACACAGCAGAUGAGCUCCAGCAGCUGGCCUGGCAAACACACUCCUACGAUGACAUCAAGAUGUACCAGAGCAAAACGCGAGACAUGCUGUGGCAGCAGUGUGCCAUCCAGAUCACACAUGCCAUCCAGUAUGUGGUGGAGUUUGCCAAGCGCAUUUCCGGCUUCAUGGAGCUGUGCCAGAAUGACCAGAUCCUUCUGCUCAAGUCAGGUUGUCUGGAGGUGGUCCUGGUUAGAAUGUGUCGCGCGUUUAACCCACUCAACAACACAGUGCUGUUUGAGGGGAAGUACGGGGGCAUGCAGAUGUUCAAAGCUCUAGGCUGUGACGAUCUGGUCAGCGCGGUGUUUGACUUUGCCAAGAGUCUGUGCUCUCUGCAGCUCACUGAGGAGGAAAUCGCCCUGUUCUCCGCAGCAGUGCUCAUCUCCACAGACCGGCCGUGGCUGAUGGAGCCCAGGAAGGUGCAGAAGCUCCAGGAGAAGAUCUACUUUGCGCUGCAGCACAUCAUGCAGAAGAACCACAUUGAUGAGGACACGCUGGCUAAGCUGAUUGGUCGGAUCCCCACGCUGUCGGCCCUGUGUACUCUCCACACCGAGGAGCUACAGGCCUUCCAGCAGCUUCAUCCCGAGACGGUCAAUGUGCUCUUCCCCCCACUCUACAAGGAGCUCUUCAAUCCUGACCCCAAUGCAGCCAUCACCAUACCCAAGUGACUGCCUACGGUCCAAUCUCAGAGAGUGGACCACACCGUGACCGCGGACGCAUCAUUAACGCAACCGCAAAGCCCGGACCCCAGGCCCGGACCCUCCAGACACUUACAGCCGCAAACACUAGGAAUGUCCAGCACUUGUCCAACCCUAUUCACCGAUACAGUCUAAAGAAUGUAUAUAAUGCACCCAUGACCAAGGGGCUCUUCAGAACUGAUCAGAAAUGUACAGACUUUAACUAGCACAUUUAAGCUGUCUUUUAACUGGGUAAGUCAAUUUGUUUAUCUUUGAUACAUGUUUUUUUUUUUACAUGAUAUUGUGAUAUUGAAGGU